AUGCACUGCACAAUACCAUGUACUAACUUGACAAAAACAGGCUUCGAAUCCUCCGAAACCGCUGGAGAUGCAACUUGCUUGCAUAAAAGCAAAGGCAUGGUCUCAAUGUCGCCAGUACCUGAGAGAACCCCAAUGCCAUCCGUGAAAUCCCCUAGGUCUUUGAUUGGAACUCAACCUGUGGCUUCCACUUUCUUCGCCAUCAAGGAACCUGUCAAAGCACCCCAGAGCGUCCCCACUGAAUCCGUCGCAUCUACCCUAGCCCCUGUCCCUCAGAUUACUAAGUCUGCUGGCUUAACCUUGGCCCCUGAAAGCAACGUUGCUCAGUCAUCUGCUUCUUUUCGAACUGAAUCGGUUGCUUCUACUUUUGCCCCUGUUCCCCAGCACGGAAAGUCACCUGAGGGCUCCGGUAUUCUUUCUGAGCUUCCCAUUGAAAGCACUACCACACUUUCUACUACCACGACUACGACUGAUGUUGUCCUCACUAGCCUCUGGACUAGUGCCCGCACUCGUGAGAUUCCAAGCAUAGUUACCCCUGAGCCUCUCAUCAGCUAUUCUACCACUGAAGUUACCACCAAGCACGAGGAAGCUACAGCCUCUUCUACGCACUGUUCCGCCUCUAUUCAACCUACCUCGGAGCCUCCUAAGUUUACGUCGUCUCUUCCCUCGGCUUCAACUACUUCUCCAUGGUCUACAGAUAUGGUCACUCUCGAGCCAAUUGUGACGGACACUACAAUUUCAAGCACGUCGACUACUACAACAACCAUGUUUAUCACUUUCAUGUCACCUGCUCCUACGUCCGCAACUACUACUGCAAUGACUGGGACUGAGGUCAUUGAGCAGCCUCAACAGUCACCAACCACGGAGUCAAAGGAAGCUGCUCAGACUAGUGUCACCUUGCCACCUAACGCCAUUCAUUCCACUAGCACUAUGACCUACAUCCCCCCCGAAACUUCUGUUUCAGUGCUUCCAACUCAAACUAUGCAAACUACUAAGGCAACCAGUGCUACUCAGACUCGCUACACUGAACCUGUUAUUUCUACCUCUACAGAAGUAGUCACUGCAUCUGUCCCAUUUACUUCUACUACUUUGACAGUUAGCGCCAAUAGCACCUCUGUUCACUCUUCACCAACCUUUAGCAUUGCCACUUCUACUAUUGUCAAUGCUGCUGAAGAGAAUACAACGGAUGCUAAGCUUGCGUAUCUGUUCGGCCUCAUCGUUGCCUUCCUUGUUCUAGUCUGA